AUGCAAGAUGCUAAAGCAAGCGAGGAAUUUGUAUAAAACGAAUAGGAAUUCAAAUACAUUAGUGAAUAAGUGAAAUAGAAGUUAAGAAAAGGGGAGUACAGUACAGAUGAAUUUUAUAAGAAAAACGUGGAUGAAUUAAGAAGAUGUGUGAAAAUGAUGGAAACGGAAGCUUAGAUGACUUCAACUCAUUCUAAAAAAAUAUUAUAGAACAAGAUCUUAUAAUAUAAGAAACAAUUAGAUGUGAUAGAGGAAAGCAUAAAUGAAUUAUUGAUAAAGCAAAAAAAGACAGAUAAUUUAAAGGGAAACCUGUUUGAGAACGACUUAAUCAUAGAAGAGAUUGAUAGAUUAACUUAGGAGACUGAAUAAAUUGCCUUAAAUGUGGACUCUAAAAUGAAUGCAGGAACUUUGGCAUUGCAAUAAUCAAAAUUUAAAAAAUAAGACUUGAAGUCAAAUCUAAGGAAAAGUGAUUUUACAAUUUAGAUGAUGAACAACAAGAUAACUCUGGAUAAAGCAUCCUUAUUGGUUAUUAUAAUAUUGUUAGGAAUCAUAGACAUAUUUGCUAUUUACAAAAAGUUUCUAUGAUUAUAUGUUCAUAUUUAAUAAAAUUAAUAAAUUAUAGAAU